AUGUCUGAGUCUUCUGCUCCCCAAGCCCCUGCCCCUCUCGGCCAGAACAGAGGCAUCAAGUUCUCCUUCAAGACUGGCAACGCUCGUUACCAGUGUGUUCUCCAGGACCGCAACCACGAGCGCACCAAGGCUACCCGCCAGAACUCUUCAGACUCUGUCUCUUCCACCGACUCUACCAAGACUGAGAAGUCUUCCCACUAA